AUGAAAAAAGUUUUUGACGCCGAAAAAUCAGAAUUAGUCAUCAAAGCCGAAGUUGACGGCGCUCAGUGGGUGACCGCUCAAAAGAGUAGCUUUGAAAAAAUGCGCAACUCGCUUUUGGUCAAAGGUUUUCGCAAAGGCCAAGUGCCCGAAGCAAUCGCUAAACAACACAUUAGCAAGCGGGAAAUUAAAGCCAAAGCGAUUGACAAAAUACUUGAUGAUCUAGUCAAAAAAGCGCAGGAAUUAAUCUCUCCCGACGAUAAAGUGCUCGAUCAACCGGUGCCUAAAAUCGCCAAAAUUAGCGACCAGGAACUGACGAUUGAACUGCGUUACGCUGUUUACCCAAAAAUCAAUUUGGCCAAUUACAAAAACUUGGGAGUUAAAUACCAAGAGACUUCGGUUCAAGAAAGUCAAAUCGAAAAAGAGCUGGAAAACUUGCGCGAGAAACACGCUCUGUUAGUUCCCUACGAAGGAAAAAUCGAAAAAGGUCACCUAGUCAAAUUUGAUUUUGAAGGCCUUGUCGAAGGCAAGCCGUUUGAAAACGGCCAGGCUAAAGACUACGUUUUAGAAAUCGGAUCCCAAAAAUUUAUCCCUGGCUUUGAAGACCAAAUGAUCGGGUUAAGCAAGGGGCAAGAAAGCGAAAUCAAGGUUAACUUUCCCAGCGAUUACAACGUUAAAUCUUUGCAAGGUAAACCGGCGGUUUUCAAAAUAAAGAUCCACGAAAUUAAAGUUAAGCAGCUGCCUGAUAUAGACGAUAAAUUGGCCCAAGAAGUCGGUUUGAAAAACGUCAAUAAUCUCAAGGAGUUGCGCCAACACAUCCGCGAAAUGUUUGUUGAACAAAGCGCCAUCCAAAGCCGCAACAAAUUUAUUCAGGCGGUUUUUGAAAAACUAAAGGCUGACACCAAAGUGGUGGUGCCCGACCAAUUGAUUGACAAAGAGACCCAAGCCAUUUCUGAGCAAUUUAGCGAGAAUCUGAAACGCCAAAACUACACUCUCAAAGAUUACGCGUCUUCGCUCGGGUUAAGCGAACAAGAACUUAAGGAUCGUUUUCGCGAACAAGCGGUUAAGAGACUGAUCGACUCUUUCAUCUUUGCCGAAAUAGCUCGCGCCGAAAAAAUUCGCCCAACCGAAGAAGAUUUUGAACAGCAGUACCAAAAAUUUGCCAAGAUCUACAACAAACCAGUCGAAGAGAUUAAAAAAAUGAUCAGCAAAAACUACGCGCAAGUACCAAUCAUUAACGACAAAGUGAUUAACCGCUUGAUCGAACUUAACGCUUAA